UGUACUGUAUCCCCAUUAAAUUUUCCCCAAGAGUACUACAAAAAAUUGUGUUGAUUCAACUUGAUUGUAACAGUUGUUGCUUUUUCACCUUUUGAAACCUAUUUAGAAGGCUAUACGGAGGCUGUUUAAGGUCUAUAUGGAGCUCCGCUCUGUAUAAUAUUAUGGCAGCCAGUAAGGACAAUCUGCAAGCGCUCUUUGGAUCGGACAGUUCUGACUCUGAAGAGGACUCGCGUAGACCCAAAGCACCGCGCAUCGCUAGUUCACACGAUGAAGCUUCGUCUCCCGACGCAUCUCCUUCCCGCACUCAAACUGACAACGGGGAAACACGCUCGCCAGCUGAGGCUGAGAGCUCCGCGAACAAGUCAUCGGAUUUCCAUCUUCUUGCUGACGAAGAAGACUCUUCAGAAUCCGUUCAGGAAGAAAACGAAGUUGUGAAGGAUGAUAUCGGCGAGACCAUUGCGGAAGAAGGGGAUCUCGAAGAGCAGCCCGUGGGGGAACAGAUUCCCGCAGAGGGCGACGGGGAAGAUGACGAGGAGACACGGAUUGAAGUGGAUAUCGCGCGUUUGACUCCGAACCUGGAAGGACGGUUUAUAUACUGGAAGAUGCCAGACUUCAUAAAAGCGGAAUCUAAGCCCUUCGAUCCGGAAGGAUAUGACGACGAAUUUGAAGAUUACGACGAAGAUCCACCUCCAGAAGUGCAGGAUGCAAUUCGACAGAAAGUGAAAGGCACCCUACGAUGGAGAUGGUCGACGUUGGCGGAUGGAUCUCGUGGGGGACCGGAAUCAAAUGCGAAACUGGUCAAGUGGUCAGAUGGAAGCACUUCGAUCGUAAUCGGAAACGAGUAUUUCGAUGCGUCUCUCAUUCCGUUCAAAGGCGAAUACCAUCAGCUAUUCAUUCGACAAGGCACUGGUUUACAGGGCGGAGUGAUCUUUCCAGAGAAGCUGACUUUGCGUCCGGCUGUGGCCAACCCGUUAUCAAGGAAAUCACGCAUGCCCACUCGUGUGUCGGCAAGCGGACGGCCUGGCGCCAAGGAUCAAGGGCCAAGCCUCGUUUUUCUGCACGAUGUUGGAGCAAACAGCAAAGACCCCGAGAAAUUACGAGCGGAGUUGAUGCGAAAAGAAGAGGAGCGUCUUAAGGCGUCCAUUCGGCGCGAAACCCAGCAGCGGCGCAUUCGCGAACGAGUAUACAAUCGGGGAAUCACUAGUGGCUUUUUGGAAGGGAAUGAUGAAGAAGACGAUAACACUAUUUCGUUAUCGGCUAUUAAAAAUAGUUAUAAACGAGGAGAUUAUACGCGGCCUGCAUUUUCCGAUGAGGAGGAAUCCGAUAGCGAAAGUCGAAGGAAGAAACUGGAGAAUGCGAAGGAUGAAGAGGACGACGAUGACGAUUUCGGUGUGAAGAAAAAGAAAACAGAAGAAGGAGGUGCGAAGAAACGUGUCGCGAUUAUUCAGGAUGAUGACGAAGAGUAGUUGCAGUUCUAUUGUUACUGUACUAGUUAUUACAGUAAUUAUAAAUUGAUACGAGUAUGUUUUUUGUGGUAUAACUGUUUGUACACUGUGCAGAUCUUUGUCUGUAGAGGUUUAAUUGCUGGUUUAAUCCGAAUAAUUGGAGCGAGUGUAUCGUGAAUUGAGUUUUUGUCAAAAUGUACCGCUUUUCAUAAUUGAAAAUAUGAAAAAUUUUGAGAACUUCCGCGCUGGUUGUAUACG